CCUCCCCUCCUCUCCUCUCCUCUCUUCGCCGCUCUCGUUGCUUCCUCGCGGGGAGUUCGACUUCGAAACCCCCUCCCCCUCCCCUCCGCUGACUUCGAGGAGGAGGAGAAGGCGAAAGCGAAGGCUCCCGCGCGCCGCGGAGAUGAGCACCGACGCCGCCGCCACCGCCGUGGUGAACUACCCGCUCGUCGCGGCGCUCGUGGCGUUCGCGCUCGCGCAGUCCUCCAAGUUCUUCACCACCUGGUUUAAAGAGAAGCGUUGGGAUGCCAGGCAACUUAUAGCUUCUGGGGGGAUGCCAUCAUCCCACUCAGCCACAGUGACAGCACUUGCAGUGGCCAUAGGAAUCCAAGAAGGCUAUCGUAGCGCCACCUUUGCAACUUCAGUAAUUAUUGCAUGUGUGGUGAUGCAUGACGCCUUUGGAGUUCGCUUACAUGCUGGAAAGCAGGCAGAGGUAUUGAAUCAAAUUGUGUAUGAGCUACCAGAAGAGCAUCCACUAUCAGAGACAAAGCCACUGCGUGAAAUUCUUGGACACACAGUUCCUCAGGUUGUGGCUGGUUGCAUCCUUGGAAUCCUCAUAGCUGUUGUUAUGCGCUUAGCUUUAUGGAGUUCCUAGACAUGCAUUGCUCUUAGGAGGUAGGUUGUAGCUCAAUUGGUGCUGUACAUCGUAGAAAUUUACUGGAAGCUCAUGUGAUCAAACCCUUGUUAUACAACUGGCAGUGGUCAUGCCAUCAGCUUUGCUUUCUGGCACGUAUUGAUAUUUUAAGCUGUACUGCAUUACUGUUCUUAGGUUACUACUUAGUACGGUGUCGUGCUUUUUAGAUCGAAUCCAUACAAAUGUCUCAAAUUUGUUCCUGGGCAGUAGCAUACAUGCGCAUGCUGUUCUACUGUCGUUCAUAGUUCAUACUACCUGUUUUCCUCUGAAAUGCUUCUUUUCUCUCGGUGAACCUGAUAUAUUUGAUACUAUUUCAG